AUGGCGGCCGCCCGGUGCCUGCGCUGGGGCCUGAGCCGAGCCAGAGCCUGGCUGCCGCCGCCGCCCCCGCGCUGCCCCCGCCGGGAGCUGCACAAGCAGGUAGACGGCGCCGGGUUCCAGAGCAGCUACAGCCUGGACAAGCUCUACCCGGAGUCGCGGGGCUCGGACACGGCGUGGAGGGUCCCGGAUGACGCGAAGCAAGCCAACGAUAUUCCUCUAGAUCGCUUGACAAUAUCUUACUGUCGGAGCAGCGGGCCUGGAGGCCAGAACGUUAACAAAGUGAAUUCCAAGGCCGAAAUCAGGUUCCACUUGGCAACCGCCGACUGGAUCGCGGAGCCGGUGCGCCAGAAGAUGGCCAUCAUGCAUAAGAACAAGAUCAACAGGCUGGGAGAGCUGAUCCUCACCUCCGAGUGCAGCCGCUACCAGCUCCGGAACCUGGCAGACUGCCUGCAGAAAAUCCGAGACAUGAUCGCUGAAGCCAGCCAGACGCCCAAGGAGCCAUCCAAGGAGGAUGCUGUCCUCCGGAGAAUCAGGAUAGAAAACAUGAACCGGGAAAGGCUGAGAAAAAAGAGGAUAAAUUCUGCCACAAAGGCAGGCAGGAGGGUAGAUAUGGACUGA